UUAACUUAUAUACGUUGACGGUAAACCGCGGAGUUCGUGCUGCUGCUCCUCUUGAAAAACCCUAAUCGACAUCUUUGAGUGAUUCGUUGAAAGCAAAGGACCAACCAUGUAUCUUCAGUGCUAUAUCAACGAAAAUGGCGACAAGGUUUACACCACUAAGAAGGAAUCACCGCUCGGGUUAGCCACUGAAUCUGCCCAUCCAGCCCGAUUCUCCCCUGACGAUAAAUAUUCAAAGGAGAGAGUUACAUUGAAGAAGCGUUUUGGUCUCUUACCCAUCCAGGGCGCACCUGUCAAGUACUGAAAGGCCCUAAACACUCGGGGCUUCCUUUGGCUUUUGAUGUUCUUCUAUUGCUGUCUCUUAAUUUUAGCUUUGACUUUGUACUGUCUUGUCUCCAAUUAGUGUGUUAAGAGCAAUUUUCGUCAACCUUUAAAAAUGAGUGAUUUAUUUUCAA